UCGGCUCGGCUCUUUUGCACCUUACUUUUAAGCGGAAACCUCCCUGUCAAAACUCGAACUCCAGUCUAUAGAAUUCAAGAAACCGUUGUUCCGACCAUAGAAUUCCAGUCCUCAAUUAUGACUCAUGAGAAAGUUGGUGACCGAAGAAGUUGGAGAAAUGAAAACCAGAAUGUUGCUUCAGCCCAAAUUCUCAAAGUACAAGCAGAGAACAGAAGCAUACUAUUAAAUGCUGAAAAGAUAAUUCAGAACUGUGGAAGGUAUCAGUCGCUGCUCGAUUCUGGGGAACAAGAUCUUGAGAGAUUCCGACAAGAUUCAAAGAAGCUUAUAGCUGAAUGUGCAAGUGUAAGAGAAAAGGUUUCAGCUGUAAACGGAAAGAAAUCCACAGACGGGAGCUCAGAAGUUCCCCAAAUAGUGCAACAGGAGGACGAUGAGACCUUGAUGAAGCUGGCAGAAACACAGAAGAUAGAGCUGGAUGAUCUUCACAAGAGAAUACUGGACCUCCAAAACCAGUUGGAGGCCAAACAAGGACUCGAUCUAAUACUCGAGACAUUGAAAAGCAUCGAAGCUGGUUGUGAGAAAUUGCAAGGGAAAAGAGAAGAAUUUCACGAGAAGGAAGAAGAGGUGGAGGGAUUAGAAACCCUUGCAACAGCUCUAAUCGUGAAUGAGCAAAGGGUCAAGGGUGAGCUGCAUGAAGCUCGUGAAGCAUUGAUGGAUGGGUUGAAAGACUUUUCAAGUCCUACAAUUGGCACCAAGAUUCUGGGGCAGCUAGAUUCUAUGUCUUUCGUAGAAGCUUGCAAGCGAAAGUAUCCCAUAGAAAUAGCAGAAGUGAAAGCGGUAGAAUUAUGCUCAUUGUGGGAAGCAAAUCUUAAAGAUCCUGAUUGGCAUCCUUUUAAGACCAUUCUUGCUGGCGGAGUAUAUAAGGAUAUAGAUAUGGAGGACGAAAGGCUGAAAAAUCUAAAAAAUGAGUGGGGCGAGGACGUGUAUACAGCUGUGGCAAGUGCAAUGAAGGAACUUAACGAGUAUAAUCCCAAAAAAAGGCUCCCCGUUAAAGAACUGUGGAACUACGAGUUAAAUAGGAAGGCUUCAUUGACAGAAGGGGCCGAAGUUUUAUUGCAGAAAUGGAGGAACCUCAAACGAAGAAGAAGCCUAUUGGAGUGCACGUCUUCAUGAAUCUCAAAAUAUUUUGGAGAAGAACACCGAUCACAAGGUAUGAGACGACCCAAGAGGCCAAGAAAGUUACUGAUCAUGACAAAUUUUGUAAGUGUAUUGAUCAAUCUAUCAAUAGUCAUGUUUUUGUUCAUUGAUCACACUCGAAAUUAUGUAUAUACUUUAACAUAUGUUUGCUCAUGUGUGGAAAA